GCAGUGCAACCCCGUCCCAUGCUGCUCCCUCCUCUCAGGGGAUGGCCAAGGUCCAGGAUGGACAUACGAAUGCAUGUGAAAGCUCUGCGAUGUUAGAGGAGAGUCAAGAUGGUAUGGACAGUGGUACCCUAAGUCCUGCCUCAGCUCGACAGGUCACCAUCCAGCGCCACUCAACUCAAGGCUUCGGCUUCAUUGCAGGCAGCCAGAGGCCUGUCAUUGUACGCUCCGUCUCUGCUGACGGCCCCUCCUUUGGCAAGCUUCUCCCCGGGGACCAGAUCUUGGCCAUUAACGAGGAGACGGUGAGCGACGCGCCCAGAGAGAGAGUCAUAGACCUUGUAAGACGCUGCAAAGACACUAUAGUUCUCACUGUGCUGCAGCCCCAUCAGUCACCUAAGUCUGCCUUCAUAAGCGCAGCCAAAAAGGCCCGCCUGCGAACUAACCCGCCUAAAGUGCGCUUUUCAGAGCAAGUGUCCAUCAGCGACCCGGACUCAACAAUGCUCAAGGACGAUUCCUUGCUACUCAUACCAAAUGUGUUGAAGGUGUUCCUGGAGAAUGGACAGAUUAAGUCCUUUACGUUUGACAGCCGUACCACUGUUAGGGAUGUGAUCUCCUCACUGCAGGACCGCCUCUCACUACGCUACAUAGAGCACUUUGCCUUAGUACUUGAGGCAGGUGGUCUGGAGCAGAAUCAGAGGUUGCAACUGCUACAGGAGAACCAGCCUCUGACGCAUGUGGUGCAUAGAACCUAUUUCCAAGGGAUGAAGUGUCUGUUCCGCAUCUGCUUCUUCCCCAAGGACCCUGCAGACCUGUUGAGAAGGGACCCUGCUGCAUUUGAGUACCUCUACAUACAGAAUCGCAAUGACGUUAUCAAGGAGCGUUUUGGCAUGGACUGGAAAUCUGACAUCACGUUACGUUUGGCUGCACUCCAUAUCUACAUCACUGUGUCCUCUGCAAGGCCCAAUCAGAAGAUCUCUCUCAAGCAUGUUGAAAAAGAGUGGGGACUGGAGCCUUUUCUACCCCUUACUCUGCUUCCAACAGUCAAGGAGAAGAAUGUGUGCAAGACCCUGUCUCAGUUGCUGAAGACCUACCAGCAUCCACCACCAUCAGGCAACAAGGUCCCUCCUCUUCAAGGAAAGCUGCAAUAUAUGCGUGUACUAAAUGACCUCCCACCUUUUGGAGGAAUAUUGUUCCACACUGCCGGACUGGAUGAGAAACAGUCAGCUACAACACUACUUGUGGGUCCACGGCAUGGCAUCAGUCAUGUGAUUGACCUGAAAAACAACCUCACAACAGUUCUGGCUGAGUUCAGUAGGGUUGCCAAGAUCCAACUCUACCGAGAGAGCCAGGGAGUGGCACGUGUGGAGGUGACAAUCCACGAAGCCAAGCCGCUGGUCCUACUCAUGGAGUGGCCUGAUGCCAGUAACUUUGCAUGCCUCAUCUCUGGCUACUACAAGUUGUUUGUAGACCCUAAACGGACCAUCUACUUCCGGACACCUGGUCAGUCUCAGCUGACCAAGGCAGAUUACAGAAGCUCCCACCAUGCCCACCCACGUUCCGGGGCAACCAGCUUGCCAAGUGGAAGUCGGCGAGGGGACGAGAGGGAAAGCUCGCACAGAGAGUCAGGGUCUUCAAGGGCCAUAGUUCCGGCAGAACCUCAGCACCUAGGGCUGUGUCAUGUCCACCUUCGAGAGCAACAACAAUUUCAGGAGAUCCAACCGCAGACUGAACUUGACAUCAAUGAGAACUUUAUUUCUCAGGAGCCCCCAGGUCGGCCUCGCACCAAGUCAGACCCCACCCAGCAGAGUACAGAGGAAAUAACUGGGGUUUUAGAGAGCCCAGCAGUGGAGAAUGCAGGAUUUAGAAUCCGAAGCCAAACAAUGGGUCAAUCCCAGAAAAGCUCACGAUACUUCUGUGACUCCUGCAAAGCCAGGCUUAAGGCAGAGGGUCUGUCAGGAGUAGUGAACAGUAGUGGGAGCUCUGGAAAACACUGCUCCAGUGCUUGUGCCUCCCGAGAUGGAGGUGCUGUUGAUCUCAUGGCCCUUCCGCCCCCAGGUAAUGAAGAAGAGGAUGAGGAGGAGGAGGUAGAUGCUGAAGGAGAAAAGUUGCAACUACCGCCACCUGCUAUUGCUGCCCCACCACCUGGAUUCAGGGACAACAGUUCUGAUGAGGAUGACCCAAAGAGAGCAAGGAAGGCUCGUACCAGUGCCAGCCCAGCAGUCAACCCUGGGAAGCUAGCCCAAGCCAAGGAAGAUGUGCCUGUGACUCUUAUUGAUAAUGUGGCCACGAGAACAGUCCGAGAUCAUGCCCAGGAGCUUGAUGAUGCUCUGGUGUCAACCUUACAAGCGUUAGAGGCUUUGGCAGCUUCUGAGGACUUCCCCCAUCACCCUCAGCAGCCAACACAGACUGCAGGGUUGAUUGUUUUAGCUGCCAUUACACCUGAAUCAUCAUUGGACUCAGGCCAUGAGACAAACUCCUCAGAAUUGACAGAUGUUUCUGAGAUGGUAUCAGCUAUGAAGCAAAACCAGAACCAGGCCUACCUGCUGGCUCACCAUAUUAACAAGGAACGUAUUCUCUGCCGUCGUGAUUUUCCCCUGGCUAUCCCUGGAUGCACUGCAAAAACUAUUGGUACGGGGGCCUUCUCUGUAGGUCAGAUUCGUGCUGGCUGUCCAACCAAGCAAGUAAUCCUCAGCAAGACUGUUCCCUUUAAAGUCAGUCCCAGUCAAGACUCAGCAAUACUCAGUGUUGUGACAGAGCAAGGGGGAAAUCAAGACACUACUCAGACUGAACAGAAAGCAGAAAUGAAGGCAAGCUCUGAGUCCACCAAAGCAAACACCCCUGACCCCCCUUCUAAGUCACCCGAAGAAGUGUCUGAUGCUUCACUGACAGCUCAAGUUAGUAAUGACCAGAUGCUAUCAAAUUUAUCUGGGGAGACACAGUGCCAAAAUCGUCCUGAGGGUAUAAAGGGGAAGAAAACAACACCUCUUAAUACAGACGCUAGCAACAAAGCCUUACCAAUCCUCUUGCCUGUGGACAGAACUGCCUCUGCCAAGAUUUCCCCUACAAAAAUGUGCCAAGAUGCCGAAACUGCCUCUAGCGAGACCACAAAGCCUUCAAGCUCCACAGAACUUCUACCAGUUGAUGACCUUUUCUGCACAUGCCCAGUGCAACAGGAUCCAGGGCCACAACUAAGACUGAAAGACCCACAGGUUCAAAAGGUAGUAGUGUUUCAAUCCUCUUCCCCAACAGAUGAUGAACGUCUUCAAGCAAAAGGCCUCCAGCUGGCUAGCAGUAAAGAAAAUGCAGUUAGAGUAGGAGCUGAUCCCAGUUUGGCAAAACCCAGCCCUCAAAUACAAACCAAGUAUUCCCCUCGUCUGCCUGUUCAAGCAGUGAGAGAAGAAGCAGCUGAAAGCAAGACUGAGUGUUCCCAGGGCAAAUCCCACCAGGAGUCACAGAAAUGUACUAUCAAAUCCUUUCCUAUUUUAGAUGAUCCAACAACACCGAGCCAAUCUGUAGAAAUGGCAUCCACUCUCCCAGCCAGAGACUCAAAGAAGCAAGGCAGUGGUAAGGGUAAGUCCCAACGCAGUGCCCCUUUCUUAAGUUUUAGAAACCUUCUUUCAGCUACAUUCCCAGCAAGAAUGCGAAGAGAAACAGAUGAGCGAAGGGCUCAAUUGCAGAAGGUCCGCCAGUAUGAGUUAGAGUUUUUAGAGGAGCUGCUGAAACCCAAGUCAUCCCAAGGAGAGUUUUUGCCCCAGGGAUCCUCACCUGUGCCCUCAAGCACUCCUUGUGCCUGCCAGCUUCGCACCAGCCCUGUCCUAAAGGCACCGGGUAUCUCCAGGGAGCAGAGACGCAGCUGUGACUGUAAGCGAAUGUGUAGGGGCAUGCGACUCCCCGACACACCAGUGGGCUCAACAACAGAGACACAACACAGAGGCAGAGAGAGAACUAUCUCGAAGACCCCUCCAGUCGUUUCCAAAGCCCCUCACACCCAAGGUGCUACUAGGAGACCUCAGACCUUAGAGAUUAAGACCACAAGAAUACGCUCAACCAGCCUUGAGUCAAGAGAGCCAAGAGGAGAGCAGGGAUCCUGCUUGCCCACCUGUACUUCUCAAACAGAUUGCAUGGGAGCUCCACAAUAUAAGAAGCUCCAGAGGCGCUACAGCAUUGGAGAACUGGAUAACAGCACCAAUGCACCUGUGUAUGCUGAGGUGAAGCCCAAAGCUAAGAGUCUAGAGAAGGAGAUGGAGAGAGUGAGGGCCACAGGGCUGAGGCUCCCCACUCCAGUAGAGCCAGUCCACACUCAGUCUCACCAGGCAGAGGGGAAGGGGAAAAAGGGGGUUUAUUUUAUUCAGGGAGAAGAGCUUCUGUGUGAAAGUAAAGAGGGGACGAGUGAGGUGCUGCUGACCCUGCCCAGUGAAGACAGUGAUGACAAGGAUAAAUGCUGCUCAUUUUGUUUUUGCUACAGGAAGUGUGAGGCAGCAGAUGAAAGUAGUGAGAAAGAUGAGGUCUCAUACUCCAUACCACUUCAGGUUCUUCCAGGCAUGGAGCUUGACUCACGUACCUUUCCUGUAGUUAGUAAAACACUGCAGGUCCUUAAUGCAGAGGACUGCAGUGGGGAAGAGGAGGAGGAGGAAGAGGAGGAGCCACAAACACAGGAGAUUGACCUAAGAGCCUGUGGUACACUAGAGGGGAGCCUGGCACGGGUACAGGCCCUACAGGGAAAAACAUUCAGCUUACCCGAUGGUUUUCUAAAUGCACAAUUGGAUGCUAAUGAGUUGCUAGCUAUCCUGCGUCAGUGUGCUAACAGCCCACAGGCUGAGGGCGAGGCCCGUCUUCAGCCCUCACGAAUUGCAGAGUACAAACAAGAGCUGGCUGUGCGCUUCAAAGAAUUCAGAGCAUCUUGUCGACGUGUGGCAAGUGUUGAAAAAAGUCCAACACGUAUGCUUGCUGUCGUCUCAGCUAGCUUUCAAGUAUUGUGUGAACUAACUCAAACCUUCAUUAAAUUGGUCAGAGGGGUUCGUUCAGAAGCCCAAAGGCUGCAGCUAUUGAGAAAAGUUGAGGAAGUAGCUAUCAACUACACUUUGCUUCUGCGUGCAGCAGAAGAAUCAAUGGGACACUCAAGCAGCCUGCCAACAAAGACAGUGAGCCCUCAAGUUCCCUCGAACACCAAUAACAUGAGCUCCCUUACUCGACCCAUAAAAACUCUACCUGCCCAGUAAAAAUAAAUCUGGCUGGGAUGUAAUCACAACAGUCCGGUUUGGUGGCUGGCUACUCGAUCCAAAUUCAUUAUUUAUUCAUUGUUUACAUUUUUUACAAGACGUGCAAUGAAUCAUCCUCAGUAAAAAUUACAAUGCAGCUGUUCCAUCCCAUGUUUACAGGCCCUGAGGUAGCCUUGUGGAUCUUGUUUUGAAAUAUAAGGAUACACCUAACUAAUGCACAAUGGAAUAAGAACCCUUUGACUGACUGGGUGACACAGGGCUAAUCACCUCAUAUUAAUAUUCAAAAUACACAUAAGUCAUUAAAGUAUAAUAUUUUAUAUGUAAUGUAUAUUUGAGUUGUGUCUACUUAGCAAAUAAUAAAGUUUUGUGAAAAAAAAAGGUAAGAAUAUAUUUGAAAUGUACUGAUUUAAGAGAACUAUUACAGAUCAUCAGAAAUAAAUGUAUGCACUGGACAAAAAUAUAUCAGAGAUCUCGUCAAGUAGAGAAUUCUGUAAAAUGCUUAGUCCGAAGCGUCGGUUGGUUAGAUGGUGAUGUGUUUGUUGAAAUAUCUAACUGUUGUAAUACAAAAUGGAGAUCUCUGUUGGCUAUGUUAACAGUGUCUGGAAUACUGAUACAAGAGUCAAAAUGAAAGUGACAGUCUUGGAAAAUAACCAUUGAAAGACAAGUCAGACAUAGUAUUAAACUAUACUGACUGACAGACAGAAGCCCAUUCUCUCACUUUAACAGUGCAGGUAUGUAACACACCUGCUCAGGGCAGACAAUGUAGCAGAGACCCAAGUCACAGUCUUAUCCACUGUACAGUAAUGAGUCUUGUUACCUCACUCAGCUGUAGAGAAGGAAUACCCACACUGUACACUGAUAAUGCACAGAGUGUAAUUUACACCUUCAGUGAUCACUAGCUCACAUGCAUCCCACAUGUUGUGAAUCAUAGUUUUAAACAUAGCCAUCCACUUGCAAGUGAGUAAGUGUAUCACUAUAGGAGUUUGCACAACCUCUGAAAUUAGCUCUGAAGUUGAAAUUUAUGUAUUUUACUGUUAGAUUCAGCAUUGUUUUAUUCACUCUGCUGCUGAAAAACUCACUUGAGUCCGCAACACCAGUUUAACACGAUUCAUCUCCUCAAGGUUAAAGCUUAUACGUUUCAAAACACCCUUGUUUUAUUCAGGUUUUCAGAUACAAUAUAGACAAAUUUGCU